AUGAGUCCUCAAGCUUCAUUCACAGACAAGCUCGCCCUCGGCGAAGCCAAGAGAGGCGAGAACAAGCGCAGAGUCAUUGUCACUGGUGGUAGCGGCAAGCUCGGUCGCUCAACAGUCAGAUACCUCGCCGACGAGGGCUGGGAGGUCAUCUCAGUCGAUACUCGUCGUCCUCCUGGUAUCAGUGAGGAUGGCAAGUCCGGCCUUGGUGGUGCCUACCGCCUCGUCGAGAUUGACCUGGAAGACAUGGGCGCUGUCUUGGAGACCUUCCUCACCACCGACAUGGCCUACAGCGGCAUCGACGCCGUCGUUCACUUGGCAGCUAUUCCUUCCCCCGGCCAGACCAACAGCUCAAGACAAUUUCGCACCAACACAAUGAGCACAUACAACGUCUUGGAAGCUUGCCGUAAGCUCAAGAUCAAGAACAUCGUCCUCGCAUCCUCAGAGACCCUCAUCGGUAUUCCUUUCGAUCCUCACAUGCCCGAGUCAUUGCCCAUCACAGAAGACCAUGAGAGAAAGCCAGAAUCGGCAUACUCGUUGUCAAAGUUGGUCGGCGAGACACUGGCCGAGCAAUACGCAAGAUGGGACCCUGAAGUCAAGAUCAUCUCAUUGAGAUUCAGCAACGUCAUGCUGCCGGAAGAGUAUAAGACCUUCGACGCAUGGCAGGACGACCCGAUGAAGCGCUACUGGAACUGCUGGGGAUAUAUCGAUGCAAGAGACGGUGGUCAGGCUGUUUCCAAGUCGCUGGACAGCAAGACCAAGGGUCACCACCAGUAUCUCAUCGCUGCAGAAGACACCUGCAUGAGACAAUCGAACGAGGAGCUCGUCAAGAAAGCUUUCCCUGGUGUCAAGUACAACCCAACUGCCGGUCCUAACGACACUUUGCUGUCGAUUGAGAAGGCCAAGAAAGAAAUUGGCUUCAAGCCUGCCUUCAAGUGGCAGGAUCAGUUGUAG